AUGGUCUCAUUCCGCAACUUCUUCACCGCCGCCUUGGCCUUCUCCGUGCCUAUCUCGGCUGCUAUCACGCCCGCUGAGGUUGUCACCAACAUCAAGUCGAUCACGCAGAAGAGCCUGGCCCUACAGGCACCAGCUAAAGAUAUUAGCCUUGUCAAUGGCCCAUUGGUCUUGAUCGGACAGGGACCGUUUCCUAAAAUCAUCCUCGGCUUCUCGGACAUUGUGACGACCGCCACCACCGCCAUCGCCCAGAUGCAGGGCAUGCCCAAAGAGCCCGCAGGUGCUUCUACCGAUGCUGUCUUUGAGGCCUUCCGCGAGUUUGUCCGUGUUCACCAAGCGCUCCUCAACAUCCUCAUUGGCAAGGCUGGUCUGUUCCAGACUGUUCCUUUCAUCGGUCAGCCAGUUGCGGCCGUACUCAGACAGGUCGAACAGGUCGUUGAUACGAUUGCCUUCAUGUUGAUUGAUACCUUCGAGGCCCGCGCCGCCGAUCUCAAGGAUGAAGCAGGCGCCCUGUCCGGAACUCUUACUAUUUGCAUCGACAAGUACCAGGGCCUUGCCCUCAAGAAGAGGAGCCUCAGGUUCGCCCGCCGCGAGAUGGUCGCUGCUGCUUAG